GAGGGGUCGAGGACAGCUGGCUUGUGUUUUGAGACGGAAUGAAGUGUAUCACCUACAUACCUGUCUAGUGUCUGUUCAUGUAUAUAUCUAAGGGGACCACGUCGUUGUUGUGAUCGAUCUUCUCUCUCGUCUCAUUCAUUCUCAACAGACAUUACACAUAUCUCCCUAUACAUUCCACACAAGAUCUCAUUCUCUCACAGCCGCAACCAUGACUUCCCUCUACGAGCUCACUAUUCCCUUCCUCAUCAAGGCCUUGAAGUCGGAGCAGGGCCUCCUCGCCAAGACCGAGGGUGUCCCUACCAGCACUACGUUCGUUGAGGGGCCUGAGCAGAAGAUGUGGGAUCUGGGCCAGCAAAUCGGCAUCAGCAGCAUCCACGCUAGAAAGAUUGUUCAUGAGCUCACUGGCAAGCCUUUCGCCUUUUUCAAAAAUGAGGAGGGAUUUUCCGUUGACGAGCUCAAGAAGCAACUCGACGAGACCAUUGCUCUCCUCGAGUCUGUCAAGCCCGAGGAAGUCGACGGCAAGGAGAGCCAGAUUGUCCAAGCCAUGUUGGGCCAGAUGCCCGACGGCACCCCUAUCACGAAACCCAUGAAGGCUAUCAACUACGUCGAAGGCUACCUCAAGCCCAACGUCUACUUCCACCUGACCACCCUCUACGACUUACUGCGGUGGAAGGGUGUACCCCUCGGCAAGGGUGACUACCUCAGUGCCUUCCUCGUCAUCGAACAAUAAGCGAUCGGGAAGUUCUCCAAAGGCACGAAAAAAACAAAUAAAUAUGUAAAAUGAUUGGCGCACGUCACGGGUGGACUAUAGGAAUUGCAUAGACUCAAUAGAUGAUUGCACCGCACUGAGCUGAUUC